ACAGUUAUCAGAUACAUCCAAUUGUUUGAAGUAUGCUGUCCUGCAUGGGCAUCCUUGUCGAUCUAGGACUGAGGCUACUGAAAGAGGAGAUUUAAUUUCAUGACCAAACAGUAACCACUAUGCAACUAAAGCCAGUUCAGUUUUUUAAUGGUAGUCAGCAUCAGGGUAAUCUUUGGUUCUGUCUACUGAAGGUUCAAGAAUGGCUGCCACGGGUCCAGCUUCUGAUACCACCAUCCACUGGUAGUAAAUGGGUAUACAUUUAAUAUGUAGUUAUUAGGUUUGGCCAAGCUAUAGUGAUCAUGACAACUUGUUUCAGUCUUAAUUCAGUAUCUGUUAUUUGUAUCUACAGGUUUUAACCAUUACUCUGAAAAGUCAGCGAUACAUGGCAGCAGUGGUAUUUGACGUGAUGUUAAGUAAUACAUGAUGACUGCUAGCUCAUAGCACAAAUGGGUACAUGUAUAAUCAAGUUAUGCUUGGCACCAUGUUCAUGAGGAGAAGUCUCUGUCAAGUUUCUGGAAUUUGUUUAACUUAGAAUGAUGUCCCUAUAGAAAUGAUGAGUCAAAAGCAAAUUGCCCAUAAAGACUGGAUUUAGUUUUGAAAUAAUCAGAGUUGUGAACUAUUGAGUGUGAUUAAAGACUCUUCAAACUGAUGAUGCUGAGUUUUCAAGCUACAGGUCCUGCCCAGGCUGGAUGGUUAUAUCAGCAGCAAUCUCCACAAGUAGAGCGUAAAGCCAGGGAGCAGCCAUUAUUCACGACAAAAGCUCACGUGUUCCAGAUUGAUCCCGAAACUAAGAAGAACUGGGUACCAGUGAGCAAAACAGCUGUUAGUGUCUCAUACUAUUAUGACACAACGCGGGACACGUACAGAAUUAUUAGUGUUGACGGUUCUAAGGCUAUUGUGAACAGCACCAUCACACCAACCAUGACGUUCACAAAAACCUCACAGAAAUUUGGUCAGUGGUCGGACAGUCGAGCAAACACUGUGUAUGGUCUUGGAUUCACGUCAGAAAGCGAACUGUCGAAGUUCAUUGAAAAAUUUAAAGAAAUUAAAGAAUUAACACGUAAUUCUGCGCAGAAGAACACAGAAGUAAAUGGUGUGACAGAUAAUCAUCUACCACCACAGCCACAGUCGCCGGGACGACAAGUCUUCCAUCAACGAACAAGCAGCUGGUCAUCAUCACAGAGUGACAGCGGCAGUUUACGGGAGCGUCGCAACUCUUACACUCAGGGCAGUACCAGUACUAAUCUUCCACCCAAUGCAAGCGAGGGACAGCUCAAAUAUGAGAAUGAUCGCUUGAAACUUGCCUUGGCACAAAGUUCUUCCAAUGCUAAGAAAUGGGAGGUGGAGCUGCAGACGCUGAAGAAUAACAACGCGCGACUGACGGCGGCGCUGCAGGAGAGCACAGCCAAUGUGGAGGAGUGGAAGAAACAGCUUGCCACCUACAAGGAGGAGGGCAGCAGGAUGAAGAAGAAGGUGUUGGAACUUGAAUCUAAGGAGAUGACAGCUGACCAGACAGAAGAGUUCAAACACAAGGUGAAACAGUUGACGGAUCAGGUAGAAAAACUUCAUGACGAAACCUCAAGGAAACAAGAGGAUAUAAAUAAGCUGAAGAAAGAAGUGUAUGAUUUGAACAAGAAGGAGAGCAACUCUACAGCAUUACAGGCGAGAAUUCAGGUUCUGGAGGAGGAGAACCACAGCCUGUCCAUCAAGGUUCAGGACCUGCAGAGACUGCUGAAGGAGUGUCGCCUGACACGGGAGUCUGAGAACCAGGAUGUCCUGACCCUGCAGGCCACGCUGGGCAGUAAAAUCACAGAACUGUACGAACUGCAUGAACAGAUUGUGUCCACGGUGAAGAAAGAGUCGCAGAGCUAGUGACCAGUGCUGAAGAGUGCAUGAGAAAGAGAGAGAGAGAGAGAGAGUCUCAGAAUAAUUCCCUCCAUGUUGGUGUACUCAGUCUGUGUAUGUAAUUGUGUGUGUGUCAGUGAAACACCUGAAUAACAUUCACCAGCAUUCAAGUGUUGUCUUGCCUUUACAAAGUAAAAAAGCGAGAUAUAUAGGUGUUAAUUUUCUGACAGUAGUGGCAAAUUUUGCAUUGAAGUUUAAACGUUAAAGUUUGACCUUUUGAGCAGUUUCUCACAAACUGUAACUCCAAGGUCACUAAACCUUUGUUUGCAGUUGCACCUGUGGAUGUUUAUCACAGUGCCCCGAAAGGGUUUAUAGUAAGCAAGACAUUAAAUUACGUGGAAUUCUUGUAUAUCCUUAGCUUGGCUUUCUCUGCACUACCAGCUUUCUGUAUUUGCAGGAUAUAUGCUAUCGGUGGAAGUGGGGGCUGUUUGAAAAAAAUAAGCAGCUACAUAUCUGCUAAGCAUAUUGAUAUAUGUAAUUGUUAAGUUAAAAAGUAGGCACGAAAAAAGUUUGUUUUGUUUAAUGACACCACUAGUCACAUUGAUUUAUUAAUCAUAGGCUAUUGGAUGUCAGACAUUUGGUAAUUUUGACAUAUAGUCUUUAGAGAG